CAAAAAAGAACAACAUCUAAAUUCAAUCCAUCAUGAAUCCUCUAAACUGAUCAUCAUCCAAAACCCUAAUCGAUUCAUCCGCGAAAAGGGUUUUUCAAAUCCACCUGGAUUUCUUGGUUGAAUUUUUGAUUUUUGAGACAUGGAUGGUAACAAAGAUGAAGCUUUGAAAUGCUUGAAGAUCGCCCAAAACGCAAUCGAAUCCGGCGAUCAAACCCGAGCUUUGAAAUUCAUAGAUAAAGCUCGUCGGCUCGAUCCCUCUCUCUCAGUUAAUGAGCUUUUAUCAAAAGUUGAUGCUCAAUCACAGUCCAACGGACCCACCAGUGAUAUUCCAUCAAAACCCUCCAACGAUGGACCUCGCCGUAGGGUUUCAGCUACUGGGUCUUCCCCAUCGUCGUCAGCCACGAAUUCGGUUGCGUAUACUGAAGAACAUAUCUCAAUUGUGAGAGAGAUUAAGAGGAAAAAGGAUUAUUAUGAGAUAUUAGGGUUAGAGAAGACUUGUAGUGUUGAGGACAUUCGGAAAGCGUAUCGAAAAUUGUCUUUGAAAGUUCAUCCUGAUAAGAACCAGGCUCCAGGAGCUGAGGAAGCAUUUAAGGCGGUAUCCAAGGCGUUUCAGUGUUUGAGUGAUGAGGAGAGUAGGAAAAAAUAUGAUGUUGUUGGGCACGAUGAGCCUGUUUAUGAAAGGCGUGCCACGAGGCGUGGAGGAGGAGAAUUUAAUGGGUUUUAUGAUCGUGAUUUUGAUGCUGAUGAGAUUUUUAGGAAUUUCUUCUUUGGAGGAAUGCACCCAGCAACAAGAACUCAAUUUACUGGGUUUAGUUUUGGACCUGGAAUGGGUGUUAGAACUGGUAAUCAUGGACCUAGCGGGUUUAACAUUCGAGCUUUAAUUCAAUUGUUGCCUGUCAUCUUGAUAUUAUUGCUGAACUUUGUGCCGUCAUCGGAGCCAAUUUAUAAGCUUUCGAGAGUAGAUCCGUAUGUGUACAGGUUUACUACACAAAAAGGUGUCAAUUUUUAUGUGAAGUCAGGGAGGUUUGAGCAGGAGUAUCCCACUAAUAGUGGUGAGCGGGUGGUACUUGAGCAGAGAGUCGAGAAAGACUAUUAUUCAAUCCUUGCUUAUAAUUGCCAGCUUGAGUUGCAGCGUCUUCAAUGGGGUUGGAUACGGCAAACACCCAAUUGUGAUGCAAUGAAACAAUUUCAGAUGGUGGCUUGAUUACCGAAUUUA